AUGCCGCUGGUUCCUCCAUCGCCAAAGUCUCUACCGCAUGGGUCUCUGCCGCUGCCGCUGCCACCAGAGCCUCUACAGUCUGGGCUCUGCCGCUGCCGCUGGUGCCUCCAUCACCUGGAUCUCUACCACCUACGUUUCUGCCGCUGGUUCCUAGCGCUGCCGCUGGUGUCUCCGCCGCCUGAGCCUCUACCACCUGGGCCUCUGCCGCUGCCACUGGUGCCUCCUUCACCUUAGCCCCUACCGCCUGGGCCUCUGCCGCUGCUGGUGGUGCCUCCACUGUCAUUGCCUCUACUGCCUUGGCUGCUGCUGCAGCCGCUAGUGCCUCUACCGCCUGGGCCUCUGCUGCUGCCCCUGGUGCCUCCGACGCCAGAGCCUAUUACGCCUGGGCCUCUGCGGCUGCCACUGGUGCCUCCACCACCAAAGUCUCUACCGCCUGGGCCUAUGCAGCUCCUGCUGGUUCCUCCACCGCCCAGGCUGCAUCGUCUGGGCCUCUGCCGCUGCCGCUGGUUAAUCUGCCGUGAGAGGCCUGGGCCUCUGCCGCUGCCACUGGUACCUCCACCGCCAGAACCUUACCACGUGUGCCUCCGCUGCCAGAGCCUCUACCGCCACGGCAUCUCCUGCUGGUGCUUCUGCGACUUCUGCGCUUCUGCCGCUGGUUCCUGCUGCUGCCGCUGGUGCCUGGGCCGCCUGAGCCUCUUCCAGCUGGGCCUCUGCUGCUGCUGCUGCUGCUGCUGGUGCCUCCACUGCUUGAGCCUCUUCCGCCUGGGCCCCUGCCGCUGGUGCCUCCGUCACUAGAGCCUCUACCAUCUGGGCUCUGCCACUGCCGCUGGUGCCUCCGUCACCUGAAUCUCUACCACCUGUGUUUCUGCCGCUGGAUCCUACCGCUACCGCUGGCUUCUCCGCUGCCUGAGCCUCUACCGCCUGGGCCUAUGCCACUACUGUUGGUGCCUCCUCCGCCUCUACCAUCUGGGCCUCUGCCGCUCCUGCUGGUGACUCCGCCACCUCAGCCUCUACAACUUGGGCCUCUGCCCCUGCUGCUGGUGCCUCCGUCCCCAGAGCCUCUACCGCCUGGGAUCAGCCGCUGCUUCUGGUCCCUCCGUCGCCUGAAUCUCUACCACCUGCGCUUCUGCCGCUGGUUCCUGCUGCUGCCGCUUCCGCUUGUGCCUCCAACGCCUGAGCCUCUACUGUCUGGGCCUCUGUCACUGCCGCUGGUCCCUCCUCCGCCAGAUCCUUUACUGCCUGGGCCUCUGCCGCUGCCACUGGUGCCGCCACCGCCUCAGCCUCUACCGCCUGGGCCUCUGCCCCUGCCGCUGGUGCCUCCGCCACCAGAGCCUCUUCCGCCUGGGCCGCUACCGCUGGUGCCUCCACUGCCAGUGCCUCUACCGCCUUGGCCGCUGCCGCUGGUGCCUCUACCGCCUGGGCCUCUGCUGCUGCCGCUGGUGCCUCCGCCACCUGAGCCGCUACCACCUGGGCCUCUGUCGCUGCCACUAG